GUUUACAUAUGAUCUUUUAGGUUUGUGAUGUUUCAAUUUUUUGCUUUGUUUACAUUUUUGAGUUAAUAAUUAUUUCAUCAAAUGUGAUAAUUUUUUUGUUUUGAUGCUUAUAAAACAUUUUAAACUGCUGUGCAAUUCACUGAAUUUACCUUGCUAUCUAAUUUUUGCUAUUUCUCAAUGACUGUUAAAUAGCCCUCUUGAGAAGUGUCACUGAGCUAUUUUGCUCAUUUCAACUCUAUCUUGUUCUUGCCUUGACUUUCAGAUGUGUUAUAGUUAUUCUUUAUCAAAAUCAUAUUACAAUCAAAUGCAAAUCAAUUUUUUUGAUUUCGAAGGAAUAAGAAAUCAAAAAACCGCUGUACAUUAUUGUAGCAAAUUAUCCUGUUAGUGAGUUGGCAAAAUAAUUGUCGAAAUAAGAACCAAAAAUGAAGCUAAUCGACUCAAUUGAACCUAAUCAUAUGAUUACCAUUGAAUGGCAGAUGAUGGAUCCCGCUAAGUAUCUACCUCUUAGCUUAGUUAAUGCUGUUGCUAUUCGAACUAUUCUUUACCCAUUGACUGUGAUCAAAACUCGAAUGCAGGUACAAACUUCAAAUUCAGUCUAUAGAGGUACUUAUGAUGCUUGUUUUAAAAUUGUCCAACGAGAAGGAUUUCCCGGCUUGUACAAAGGCUUUUUUGUCAAUACAAUGCAAGUUGGUUCUGGUCUCGCUUAUAUUCUCACCUAUGAGAACGUCAAAUAUUUGCUAUCCAGCUAUGGUAAAAUUCAAGAUACUAGUGUCAGAAGCCUCAUUGCUGGUGGAAUUGGUUCAAUUAUUAGCCAAACAAUAAUAACACCUUUUGAUAUUGUGUCUCAACACAUGAUGGUAAUUUCGGGUAGAAAGAAGGGUAAAAAUACCAAUAAAUUUUCCGCAUUCGCCAAUCCAUUGCAUCUCAACAAACAAGAGGUAGAAAAAUAUGGUAUACCUUACUCUAUUGUGCGAGAACUAAGGCGGAAAGAUGGUUUCAGAGGUUAUUAUCGAGGCUAUUUUGCUUCGCUAGCCUUUUAUGUUCCUAAUAGUGCUCUUUGGUGGUACUAUUAUGAAAAAUUUUCAGCAAUCAUCCAUAACUCACUUCCAGUUGAAACAUGGCAACUUUUAAUUCGAAGUUGCGCAGCAGUUCUAAGCGGUGCCACAGUUGCAGUUCUUACCAAUCCUUUGGAUUUAAUUCGUGCCAAUUUUCAGAUCCAACGACUUGACUCUUAUUCAGCAACGGUUCGUAAGUUAUGGAAAGAUGAACACUUAGGGCUAUUUUACAAAGGUUUGUCGCCAAGAAUCACGCAAAGCUGUUUAUCAUCAGUUUUUGUUUCCAUUGGCUACGAAACAAUGAAAAGAUUAAGUUUACGGGAAGAAUACGAGGACAAGAUCAAGUGGUAAUCCAUAUUGAAGUUAGUCGAUCACACAAUUAAAAAUGCAUCAAAGCAAAAGAAAAAUAAAAAGCAACUCUAAUUUAACGUGGACCACUGUGAUAAACAUGAAAGACAAAACUUAAAGCUUCAAGCUUCUUAGGAAAGCAAAAGUCUUGUUAAUUGUCAUUUUAUAUCUUUCAGCUUCUUUUAUUAAUUUUUUGUUUCCUUUUCUCUCUUCGCAAAACUCGUUCGUAAAUUUAACGACAAAAAUUGACUAAAAAACAUCAAAUAGCAAGAAUCCAUCGAAAUAUGUAAAGAAGUCAUGAAUACAAAAUCUUCAUCGUUCAAUAGAAUACAAAAUUCCUAGAUUUUAGGCUUUGUAUAUUUUGUUUCUCCUCUACUUUAUGAAACAAAUAAUCAAUUGGAUUGUAUUUUAAUCUUCGUAACCUUUCCUUGGCUCGUGAUUUUGAAUAGAUUGGAUUACGCUAUGAAAUAUCAUGAUGAGCUCCCAUAAAGAUUAUUAAAUUAAUCAUUGUUAAUUGAUAUUGUACAAAACAGAAAAAAAGAAUCAAGAUUAAACGACGCUUUCAUCAACUUA